CGAGGAGGUGCGCAGGGGCAAGAGAAACACGGAGGAAAGUGACAUUUCAAUAAUUUCGUGCGCUGAAUAUGAAUUUUACUUGAUUUAUUUGGUCAGCUGAAGUGCAAUAAUGAGCGUGAGAUUAAUAAAGAGAUCGUACUUUACGCACGCUUCAUGAAACCGCGUUGCUUUAUUUGGUACUGAGGCUGAAAUAGGAAAGUUGAAACAUGGGAUCCAAGUUGACCAGGCAGAGUAGUUUGGACAGCCAAGCCAGUUUCUUUCGGAGAGCUCGACAGGAUCAUGAGCGGGAUGUGGAGAGGAGGACUGGAGGAAGAGGAGAGUUUUUAUUCAGUUCUCUGAUGCUCAGGUCCGACAAGCUGCCCGGGAUGCUGCGCAGAUCCAGCCCGUGUCCGUAUGUGCGGAGGGUGGCUUGGGUUCGGGAGAUCCAGACCCUGCUGAAGGAGCAGAAGCUGGAGCAAGCCAUCGAUGUGUUAAAACUGCUUAGAAAGGACCUGGGUCUUGAAGGAACGUCCCUCAACGAUAUUCUCUACAAAAACGCCGCCUUCCUCAAUCUCGUGGAUCCAAUUUCUCAUGAGCUUUUGCUCAAUUUGGCCAGAGAUUUGCAAUGUCCCAAGAGGGAGUCUGAUGCUCUGAAGUCCUCCGAGAAGAUCUGCAGGCAGCUGAUUUAUCACCUCACUCCUCACUCCAAGUGGAGCAGACAGAACGUGCCCAGGAGGAAAACUCAAGCCUGUCUGAAGACUACGUUGAAAAAGAAACUAGCAAAUGAUACCGUGGAUCUGUCUGGUAUCCCUCUCUCUGGCCGUGAUUUGCAUCGGGUGGCAUACUACCUUCAAAACAACGGUUCAUCUGUUACAGCAGUGGACAUCAGCUUCACAGAACUGCAUGAUGAGAGUUUGCGGCUUCUUUUACCAUACUUAGGAGUGCUACCGAAACUCUCCACGCUUGCCAUCAAUGGUAACCGGCUGACGGUUGCUAUCCUUAAAGACUUAAUAGAAGUGGUCAAGGACCCUCAAAAGUUUCCCUGUUUGGCUUGGGUGGACUUGGGCAACAAUGUGGACAUCUUUACUGUGCCCCAGCCAUUGCUGGUUGCCCUGCGCAGACGCUUUGGGAUGAGAAGUAGCCUGCCCACUAUUUAUGAAUACAGUGAGGGCCAGGGCAGCAGCUACUACCUAGAGACUUCAAUUGAAGAAAUCAGUGUGUUUGAGGAGGAAAAGGAGGAUGAAGAGGAUGAACUGGAAGACCAUCUGGUGCUGGAACCCUGGAGUGUAGAAGAGAAAAAUACUUUACGUUUCUGUGAAAGGUGAUGGACCUUGUUUCCUUGCGCUUGGUUCCUUAUAUUCCAUUGGCACAGACAUAGCGAAAACUGUCCCACUAAUGUUUAUUGGUCUUUUUUUACUUUAAUUUCAUAACUCUGGAAUAGAAAGUGUGCAGUUUUGGCACAACAAAGGUCUUUGUGUGUUGACCAUAAAUCUAAGCUGGGCCUCGCAAGUGGCAUGUGACAAAUGUACUUGCGGCUUUGUCUGAAGAAUGUUUUACUAUUUUAGCCUCAAAAAUCUUUUAUCACUAAACUACUAAUCCUUGCAAAGGCCUGUUUGAUGUGUUAACAGAGUAACUUCACAGGUUUAUACUUGAAGGUGAAACAUUCAGGUUCAAAAAGCACAGUUGCAAAGGCUAGGAAUCGAACCCAGGCCUCCCGCGUGGCAGGUGAGAAUUCUACCACUGAACCACCAAUGCUCUUUCGGCAUAAAUUUUGGGGUUUUUUUCAAGUAAAAUUUUAAACCUUUUCAGAAAAGGUACAUUUUGGGUCUAGGCCUCAUGGCAGGUGAGAAUUCUACCGCUGAAGCACAAAUGUUAGUAAAGGCCUAGUUUUAAUGUGGUUUCAGGGAACCUUAACAAGUUUCGUUUAGUAGGUGAAACUGUUUUAGUUUCAAAAGGCGCUGUUGCAUUGGCCCAGAGCUCCCAUGUGGCAAGCAAGAAUUCUACCACUGAACCACCAAUGCUUUUUUAGGCUGUUUUAUGGGGUCUCUGAAUAAAAAAAGACCUUUUUUAAGCAAAGUGUGAAUUUUUGAGCC